GUUGAUUUAUCCAGGCUUCAGAGGGAAUUGUCUCUGGCAGGUCUCACUUGAUUGCAAUGGCACUUCUGGACUGAACAACACUACUCACCGAUUCUCUAUAUGCCGCCGUCUUUUUCGGUGAAGCCUUUCUGAAGCUGCGAGGAGGACACGACGUGCCAAGAGGUGAGGACCGACCACUGCUUCCCAACAUGUCCAAGACCAAGAGCUCCGAGACCAUCAAGGUGGUGGUCCGCUGUCGCCCCAUGAAUGACAAAGAGAAGGCGUCUAAGUUUGAACAAAUGGUUUCCGUUAAUGUCAAACUGGGUCAGAUUAUGGUCAGGAACCCGCGGGAAGCCAGCGAACACCCCAAAGUCUUUACUUUUGAUUCAGUUUAUGACUGUAACUCGAAACAAAUAGAUCUGUAUGACGAAACCUUCCGGCCUCUUGUCGAUUCUGUUCUCCUUGGCUUCAAUGGGACCAUUUUUGCUUACGGCCAAACGGGGACGGGAAAGACGUACACAAUGGAGGGAGUGAGAAAUGAUCCAGAGAGGAGAGGGGUGAUCCCCAACUCCUUUGAGCACAUCUUCACGCACAUUUCACGCUCCCAGAACCAGCAGUACCUCGUGAGAGCGUCAUAUCUGGAAAUUUACCAAGAGGAGAUCCGGGACCUGCUCUCCAAAGACCAAUCCCACCGCCUGGAGCUCCGGGAGCGGCCCGACACGGGCGUGUACGUGAAGGACCUUUCGUCGUUUGUCACCAAGAGCGCGCGGGAGAUCGAACACGUGAUGAAUGUGGGCAACCAGAACCGUUCGGUUGGUGCCACGAACAUGAACGAGCACAGCUCGCGCUCUCAUGCGAUCUUUGUCAUCACGGUGGAGUGCAGCGAGUUGGGCGUGGAUGGAGAGAACCACAUCAGAGUGGGCAAGCUGAACCUGGUGGAUUUGGCUGGAAGCGAAAGGCAGACAAAGACCGGUGCUCAAGGCGAGAGACUGAAAGAAGCCACCAAGAUAAACCUGUCGCUUUCCGCCCUGGGAAACGUCAUAUCGGCUCUGGUGGAUGGCAGGAGCAGCCACAUCCCCUACCGAGAUUCCAAACUCACUCGCCUGCUGCAGGACUCCCUGGGGGGAAAUGCCCGCACUGUGAUGGUCGCCAACAUCGGCCCGGCGUCCUACAACGUCGAAGAGACCCUGACCACGCUGCGCUACGCCAACCGGGCCAAGAACAUCAAGAAUAAGCCGCACAUCAACGAGGACCCCAAGGACGCCCUGCUCAGGGAGUUCCAGGAGGAAAUCGCCCGGCUGAAGGAGCAGCUGGAGAAACGUGUGGGGAAGAAGAAAAAAAGGAGGCAGAAGAGGAGGGGAGGGGAAGGAAGCGACGGAGAAGACCUGGAGGAUGGAGAGACGGAGGAUGACGAAGAAGAAGGAAGCGGCGACUACUGGAGAGAGCAGCAGGAAAAGCUGGAGCGGGAGAAGAAGGCUGUCCUGGACGACCACAGUCUGGUGGCCGAGGAGAAGGAUCGGCUGCUCAGGGAAAAGGAGAGGAAAAUGGAAGACUUGAAGAAAGAAAGAGAAGUCGGUGAAAUGCUUGCAGCAAAAGUUAAGGCGAUGGAGAGCAAGCUUCUUGUAGGUGGAAAAAAUAUUGUUGAUCACACCAAUGAGCAGCAGAGGAUGCUGGAGCUGAGAAGGCAGGAGAUUGCUGAACAGAAACGGAGAGAGAGAGAGAUGCAGCAGCAGAUGGAGAGUCGUGAUGAAGAGACUCUGGAGCUGAAGGAGACCUACAGCUCCCUGCAGCAGGAGGUCGACAUCAAGACCAAGAAGCUGAAAAAGCUGUUUUCCAAGCUGCAGGCGGUGAAGGCAGAAAUUCAGGACAUCCAGGAGGAGCACAUCAAGGAGCGGCAGGAACACGAACAGACCCAGAACGAGCUCACCAGAGAACUCAAACUCAAACAUCUGAUCAUUGAAAACUUCAUUCCUUUGGAGGAGAAGAACAAAAUCCUCAACAGGGCUUUCUUUGACGAUGAGGAAGAGUGCUGGAAGAUGAAGGCCAUCACUCGCAUUGAGGACGACCAUCAGAUGAUGUCCCGGCCCCCGUCUGCUGUGGGCUACAGGAGGCCCCUCAGUCACCAUGCCCACAUCGCCAUGAGGAUGAAGCCUGACAUGAGAUACAAAGCUGAAAAUAUCCUGUUGCUGGACAUGGACCUGCCUUCUCGGACCACUAAGGAGUACCAGGAGCCAGUCAUCGCUCCAAAGGUGGCAGCAGCCCUGGAGGACGCUCUAAGAGAUGAGGAUGAGAUCCAAGUAGACGCUUCAGGCUUCCACAGCAGCUUGGGACCAACACCGCCUGCCAGUGCCAGCAGCAGCCUUAAGAAACCAAAGUCUGGUCGACCCAGAACAAGCAAGAAGUCGAGCACACUGACCUCUCCGUUCAGCCCUUGCAGUCCAGCAUCUCCUCUCUACCCACAAUCCCGUGGCCUGGUGCCCAAGUGACGCCUUCUUCCAUUGCCGUCACCAACCUCUUUGUGCACCUCCCCACUUUAAGACUCUUAGAGGAUUGGGUUUGUUUGGUCAGGAGCCAAAGGAACCUUUAAGACCACCCCUGCUUUAGUUUCAGCUGUCGCCACAUCACUGCUAACAGCUGCCAUGCAUGAAGCCCCAAAUCACGUUCCACUGAGACUGCCUCUGCCACCUCUGACUCUUUGUCUUAAACAUCACUAAGUUCUUAAUAUGACGAUUGCCUGCAGGGUUUAGUCCGUGUCUGCCUAUUUCUCUCUUUACAUUAACUUGUCACAUCGUGGUAAACUUUUUAUUUGUUUGAUUGUAUCUGACGGUGAGAGAGUAGAAGACACAACCGUUGCUGUAAUCAAUAAAUGCUGUUCUUCCUGCGGCCCGGCAGAAGGAGGCAGGAAAGGAUAGAAGCAUCCCAGCGGGUGGCUAACCCACCACUAAAGACACAUCAGGGUUCCAAGGUGCCUUAAACCUGCAAUCCUCAACGUCCUCAUUUAAAUCCUGCAGGCAUGUUGUCUCCUUCAUUUACUCAUUCAUUUACUACAUCAUGGGGAUGGGCAGUGGGGAGGGGAAGCACUGCUUGGAUGGAGGUGUUUAGAAUCCAGCCUUCUCUUUGGGUUGCUUGGUAGACGAAGAGCAACACAGUCAUGGUUAAUGAAAGUUCACCCUUUUUCAAAUGGAAAGUCCUGUGUAACAGAACAUGAUUAGGAAAUUAGUUCCUAAAAGCUCUUAAAAUGAAGUAAAUAGACCAACAGGUCUCAAAAGAUUCUACCUUCAGGUAAAUCGCAUUAAGGUCUGGACUUUGAUGCUCAUGACCGACUUUGGGCACUGCCCUAGAUAGACUGGCAUGUAUGAAGUGAAAGGAACAAAGUAAACUAAGAAGUGGUUUGUGUCUGAGCAUUAGAACAUCCUGUUGGAGUCGGGGUUGGUGUACUGAGGAGUUCAUGGCGUACUUAUCAGCCUCCUCUACCAUGUUUGACGAUUGCUGCAACCCUUCUCCCCCCCGUCAUCUAACAGAGACAGGUUCACAUUUUCAGAGCUUCCAUAUAUAAACAGCUUGAAAGGGGGUGAACUUUAACCUUUCCAUGACCAUGUAUUCACUCUGUGAGUUCUUUAUACCUCAUCUGUCUGUCUUUUGAAUGAGAUCCCAGCAGCUUCCCACCACAGCCGGACUAAAUGUAGACUUGCCACAGAAAUCGGUCGAAACACUUGAACUUGCAGGAUGCUCGAUCUUUCUGCCUCUCUGCUACUUUGUUACUGUGAUGCGUGCGCUGUUUACUUGCUGCUACUGUGGAAGGGUCUCCAACCCACUGUGAUGUUUAAACAAGCCUGGGUCAACUUGCAAACCGCAUCCCCUCACAUCGACGUUUUCCUCCCGAUGGUUUCUCCCAGUAGCUGGAACCUUUCUUGCUGUUUGACCCAUGCCUGCUAUUCAUUUAGAUAUUGAACAUUAUAGACUUGUUGCUAGGCAAUCUUUAGUCACUUUUGAACAUAUAAAGAAGAAAAAAAAAUAGGUUACCAUAUUAAAAGAAAAAGUACUUAUAACUUAUUGAAAUCGUUCCUUUUUUUAUAUGCAGAUGUAGAUUUAAUUUUUAUAUGUUUUUUUUCUGUGAAAUACUUUUAUUUUUUUGAGCUCUGUAAUUUAAGGUUAAAAGAUUUAUUUUUAGCGUCUUACAUGCAGUAUGUGUAUUUUCUAUUCACUGUGGCUGCUUUUGUGUGUGUGUGUGUGUGUGCUUGAUCAGAUCGUUUUCCCACACGGUUGAGAUUAAAGUGUGUAAGUGCAGAAAAAUGCUGGAUUCGUGUCACAACCCAGAAUUUACUGCUUACAGCUGUUGAGUCAAUUUCCCAAAUGCAUAUCCUUUCAGAUCGAAACCGAUUGAUGUAACUAACACUGCAGCUCCGUAGACGUGUUGCAUGAUCUUAGCAUGCUUGAGUAACACAUUUAGCUUUGCUAUUAUUUAUCAAUCACAGGAAUCUGGCAAGCCCAGUGUUAUUGUCUUUAUUUAUUGUUCAGUGAUUUGUUUAACUGAACAAGCCGCAGCACUGGAUCAGAAACUUUACACUUGUGUGACCAACUUUUAUGCGCUGUUGUUACUUUCAAGCCAAAUGUCUUUUUUUGUCGUUCAGUAUCUUUACAUUAUUAAAGAAAUUUUAGGGAAAUA